GUGGACCUGCCCGGCACGGCCGUGCCCUCAGUGUCGGAGGAUGCUGCGGCCGCGAGCCGGGGCGGUGGCGGGGUCCGCGGUGAGGGUGCCGCGGCGGCCGGGGACGGAUUGGGCAGACCCUUGGGGCCCACCCCGAGCCAGAGCCGCUUCCAGGUGGACCUCGUUUCCGAGAACGCGGGGCGGACUGCGGCGGCUGGGGACGGACUGGGCAGACCCUUGGGGCCCACCCCGAGCCAGAGCCGCUUCCAGGUGGACCUCGUUUCCGAGAACGCGGGGCGGACUGCGGCGGCUGGGGCCGGGGCUGGGGGUAAGGAGACCCCAGCGGACGGGAAAGCUAGCGGCGAAAGCGGGCCAGGCAAGGGCAGCGAGGAAGCCAAGGGCCGCUUCCGCGUGAACUUCGUGGACCCGGCUGCCUCUUCAUCUGCUGACGAGAGCCUGUCGGAUGCGGCGGGGGUCGGAGGCGACGGGCCCAACGUGAGCUUCCAGAACGGCGGGGACACGGUGCUGAGCGAGGGCAGCAGCUUGCACUCGGGAGGCGGCGGCGGCAGUGGGCACCACCAGCACUACUACUAUGAUACCCACACCAACACUUACUACCUGCGCACCUUUGGCCACAACACCAUGGACGCCGUGCCCAGGAUCGAUCACUACCGGCACACCGCAGCGCAGCUGGGCGAGAAGCUACUCCGGCCCAGCCUGGCUGAGCUCCACGAUGAGCUGGAAAAGGAACAUUCCAUACUUAUGAUCGAUGAAAUCAAUGAUAUUCGAAUUAUUGGAGCCAUUACCGUGGUGAUCCUUUUAGGUAUCUCAGUGGCUGGAAUGGAGUGGGAAGCAAAAGCUCAGAUUGUUCUUUUGGUGAUUCUACUACUUGCUAUUGCUGAUUUCGUCAUAGGAACAUUUAUCCCAUUGGACAGCAAGAAGCCCAAAGGUUUCUUUGGUUAUAAGUCUGAAAUAUUUAAUGAGAACUUUGGACCGGAUUUUCGAGAGGAAGAGACUUUCUUUUCUGUAUUUGCCAUCUUUUUUCCUGCUGCAACUGGUAUUCUUGCUGGAGCAAAUAUCUCAGGUGAUCUUGCAGAUCCUCAGUCAGCCAUACCCAAAGGAACACUCUUAGCCAUUUUAAUUACUACGGUGGUUUACAUAGGAAUUGCAGUAUCUGUAGGUUCUUGUGUUGUUCGAGAUGCCACUGGGAAUGUUAAUGACACUAUUGUAACAGAGCUAACAAACUGUACUUCUGCAGCCUGCAAAUUAAACUUUGACUUUUCAUCUUGUGAAAGCAAUCCUUGUUACUAUGGCCUAAUGAACAAUUUCCAGGUAAUGAGCAUGGUGUCAGGAUUUGCACCAUUAAUUUCUGCUGGUAUCUUUUCAGCCACUCUUUCUUCUGCAUUAGCAUCCCUUGUGAGUGCUCCCAAAAUAUUUCAGAGGCCACAGUGUCUUGUUAUGACAGGUGCUCCAAACUCACGCCCAGCUUUACUUCAUCUUGUUCAUGAUUUCACAAAAAAUGUUGGUUUGAUGAUCUGUAGUCAUGUACAUAUGGGGCCUCGAAGACAAGCCAUGAAAGAGAUAUCCAUUGAUCAAGCCAGAUAUCAGCGGUGGCUUAUCAAAAACAAGAUGAAGGCUUUUUAUGCUCCAGUACAUGCAGAUGAUUUGAGAGAAGGUGCACAGUAUUUGAUGCAG